AUGAACGUUGCAAAUGUAAAACUUCUGGAAGCACAACUUCUCAUUGAGAAACUGAUAUAUGAUUGGACUAAAAUAGAUGAGAAACUUUUGAAAGCAAUCCAGAGUAAUAAUAUUGAUAAAGUAGAAAUAAUACUGACCAAAAGAACAGUAAUUACAACUAAGUUAGGACCAGAUGGAUAUUCUUGCUUUCAUGUUGCUUGUGCAAAUGGUCUCUCAGAAAUUGUUGAGUUAUUGAUAUCAAGUGGAGCUGAUGUGAAUGCUUGCAACAAACGAGGUUAUUGUGGAUUACAUUUGGCUGCACAUAAUGGAUUUCCUAUUGUUGCAUCUCAGUUACUUAAGGCUGGUGCUGAUAUUGAGCUUAAAGAUACUCUUGAAAAGACUGCAUUACAUCAUGCUUGUAACAAAAGCUGUGAAGACGUAGUUGUUGUUCUCAUAAGAAAUGAAGCCAAUAUUAAUGCCUAUGACCAAAAGUAA